GCUCGGCCACGCACCAGCCUGGGAGCCUCUCCCAUCGCAGCCGGGCUGUGCGGGGCAGGGCUCCUCUCUGGGCCAAGCUGUGCCUGGCCUGGCGCCCCCGGCCCCUGCUCCGGCCGCUUGUUCUGCAGACCUGACAGCCGGAGCCCGCCAGCUCCCGGCGAACAGACGGGACUGGGGCCCCGGCACCCGGGAGGGGCGAGGUCGGGAUGUCCCGCCGGAGAACCGGGCCGGAUGCUCUGCGGGGGGCUCUGCCUGCCCCCGCCCCCCGGAGCCUCAGCCUGUGAGUCAUUAACCAGGAGCAGCUGCCGUGGGAAGGAGCCCAGCCGCCUCCCAGCCCCGCCGGAGCCGGAGAGCCCCCGUGCGGAAGGACGUGCUUCAAAUCAGCAGUCAGCAAACGGGGAGGAAACCUCCCUCAAACCUUCUCCCCCGCUAGUUUGGGUGCCUGGGUUCUCCCCAGCGAAGUCGGGCUCCAAAUGAUGAGUGUGCUAGCACCAGUCCGGAGGGACCGGAUCAUUGCGGAGCUGCCUCAGUGCUUUCACAAAGAGGCCGCCCUCCAUUCGCGCUCCAGCUUUCAUCCCCAAGUAAGCGGCGCCUGCCAGGAGCAGCGAACGGGGACAGUGGGCAGGUUUAAGAUCUCCAAGAUCAUCGUGGUGGGAGACCUGUCAGUGGGCAAGACCUGCUUAAUCAACCGGUUCUGCAAGGACACAUUCGAUAAGAACUACAAGGCGACCAUCGGGGUGGACUUCGAGAUGGAGCGCUUUGAGGUGCUCGGCGUCCCCUUCAGCUUACAGCUGUGGGACACGGCCGGCCAGGAGAGGUUCAAGUGCAUCGCAUCCACCUACUACCGCGGAGCACAAGCGAUAGUGAUUGUGUUCGACGUGAACGACGUGGCGUCUCUAGCGCACACCAGGCAGUGGCUGGCCGACGCCCUGAAGGAGAAUGACCCCUCCAACGUGAUCCUCUUCCUGGUGGGCUCGAAGAAGGAUCUGAGUUCGCCUGCACAGUACAGCCUCAUGGAGAGAGACGCCAUCAAGGUGGCCAAGGAGAUGCGGGCGGAGUACUGGGCUGUCUCCUCGCUCACCGGGGAGAACGUGAGGGAGUUUUUUUUCCGCGUGGCUUCGCUGACCUUCGAGAGCAGCGUGCUGGCCGAGCUGGAGAAGAGCAGCGCCAGGAAGAUCGGGGACGUCGUGCGGAUUCACAGCACGGACAGCGACCUGUACCUGACGGCGCAGAGGAGGAAAUCCAAGUGCUGCCGCUGAGGGGGGACGCCAGCCCCGCCCCGCUGCGUGCACUGAACUCUCUUCGCUACCAAAGAGCUGCUGGCGGAUCCCAGCUGUGGGCCUGCGGGGGCUGGUGCCUGCUCAGCGCAGAUCCCUCCCCCCGGCUCAGCUCCUGCCCCCGCCGCUCACCCAGAACUAUUCCUUCCCUCUGCGCCCUGGGCCGGGGCAGCUGGGAACCACGGCCUGGCUCUGGCUCCUGGCCUGGGGCUGGGCUGAAGCAUAGGCAGAGCUGGCGGCACCGCUCCUUGCCCUGACCGGCCUGGUGGGCGAUGGAGGCAGUUGAGCAUCCCUGGGUCUGUGCCCUGCAGUGCCCCCUCCUAGCUGGGACAGGAAUCCCCCCUCCCUCCCUCCUGGGCUAGGGCACAGCGUGGUCUCUGCGUGCCCUGGCCCUGUCCCCUGCUGGCCUCGUGGCUGGUGCUGGCUGGGCAGGGUGCUGCCCUGGUUUCGCUCCGGUGGUGUUAACGCUGCCAGGAGCCGGCCGCGGAGCCAGGCAGCGUCCUGCCCACCUACCGCAACAAGAGUCAGGAAGC